CGCACGGUGAUUCAACGAGCCGCGAGCAGUAGAGACUUAGUACGCGAAUAAGAAGGUGCUGAGAGUGGGAUUUUUUUUCUCGCAACAAACUUGCUUUUAGCAGCAGCAGCAGAAGAGCCUUUCAUUUCUCGGUACUCGGACGGGGCUGGUCGUCGAUAGGAACCGAACCGCUCUUGGGACACAUCAUAACAAACCGGACUCGAAAAUCCUCAAGGUCCCAGUGACACCAGUAAGUGCUUGUGAAAGGUGUCCUUUCCCCCUCGGCAAUUUACCCCCCGGGCUAUGUGAUACGUGGAAGCUCGAACAGAGUGCAGUCAGUUGUUUUCGUGAUUAGUGCCAGGAGUACGGGUUGCAAAAGAAUCUGUGUUUGAACGAGAGGAAUUCCCGGAGAAUCUAGCAACAACGAUGGCCAUCAAACCGGGAAUGGGACGGAAGGUUUCCACCAAGAACCCACCCUUUCUGAGCCAUGAAUUCGUUAUCCAGAAUCAUGCCGACAUUGUGUCCUGCGUCGCGAUGGUUUUCGUCGUCGGAUUGAUGCUUCAGGCCACCAACUCGAUCGCCAGCAUCUUCAUUGCCUUGCACCACAACGUCACUGGUGCCGAUCCGAGCCAUGAGAACCCCCAGGGUGAACCCUACUUCUACACCUCCGGCUGGAAGGAUGGCUGUGCGGUGUUUUUCUACACCCUGAUCUGCAUCAUCAUGCACGCCAUCCUGCAGGAGUACGUCUUGGAUAAAAUCUCCAAGAAGCUGCACCUGUCCAAGUUCAAGCUGUCCCGCUUCAACGAAUCCGGUCAGCUGGUAGUGUUCUACGCUAUGUCCUUCCUGUGGGGCUUCGACGUGAUCGUCCGGGAGCAGUACAUUGGCAACAUGGCCAAACUGUGGGAGGGCUUCCCCGAGCACCCGAUGAUGUUCCUGCAUAAGCUGUUUUUCAUCAUUCAGCUGGCGUACUAUCUGCACAUGCUGCCGGAACUGUACUUCCAGAAGGUGAAAAAGGAUGAACAGAGGGCCAAGGUUGAGCAUGCCCUCGGUGGGUUCUUCCUCAUCGCUACUGCCUACUUCCUAGGAUUCCAGCGCAUCGCUCUGGUCCUGCUGACUCUGCACUACUUCUGCGAGUUCAUCUCUCACGCAUUCCAACUGGUUAACAUUUUCGACAAGGAGGAGAAGUUUGUACGACUGCGCCUGGCCCACAAUGUGGUGUUCAUCUUGACCCGCUUCGCCACGAUGGUGCUGGCCUUCCUGACGCUGUUCUACGGAAUCGACAACGUGUCGCAAAUGAAGCGUAGCUUCAUGCUGGCCACGGUCUUCGGCCUGCAGGGUUACCUGAUCUUCGACUUUAUCUCUAACGUGCUGCGAUCGAAGCGUGAAAGCUCGACCGAACAGCAGUCCGAUCGUCCCCAGAAGCAGGCCCUGGUCAAGAGCGAAAAGUCCAAGAAGGAACGCAAGAAGGAAAGCGAUCUGCCCGAAGCCGAUCAGAAUGCCGCCCAGGCUUCGCCGGCCCCGGCCGGUGGAAAGGCCUCCAAGAAGGUUAAAACUAAAUAAGUCAGUCCAGUUCUGUCGUUCAUCUCUUGAGUUGCAUUAAGUUUCUUACGGAACAAAAAAUAAACACACAAACACACACACAACAGCAAACAGCGUAUGGUAGGAAAUUUUUUAGAAAUUUUAAAUCAAAGUACAUAUGCUCAAACCCGAUUCAAAAAUCCACUUUUUUACUCACAAAUCAGCGCCAUCUGAUUUCUCGCGCGGGUACCAGUCGAGAUAGUUUUUAGUUAAACAGUUUUUUUUUUUUUCAAAUCAUUUCCUUUUUCUCGAUGCCUGUCCUCUUUGACCCUGUGAGCUCAUAGGUUUAAAAAAAGGUAUCUUUAUCAGUAUAAUCGAACGGGAUGCGAAAUGAAAAUGGUUUUUAUAUGCAUUUACAACAACAUGGAAUGCAGAUGUGCAUGCAGAACAGCAAUACAGGAGCAAGCCUGUUAGCAAACAUUAUGAGAAGCUCGUGAAGUUUAUACAUUAUUAUUUUUUGUUGAAAGAGUCUUUAUUUUAAGUUUUUUUUUUUCCCUUUUACGAUUUACACGCAAAUUGAGUUCGAGAAACAGGAUCAGAGUAUACACUUAUUUUUUUGUAUGUUCUAAUGCAAUAAUUAAAUAAAAACUGAAACAAAUUCUAUCCGAA